CUUCCACUUCCAUACUAUUCCCCCUUUCGUUGGUGCUACUGUACCAUGGUGCCAUUCUCAUUUUGCCAUCACCGCGAAAUAACCUUGCCUGCUGGUAGCCACGCCACAAAUCACCCCAUAACUUUGCUGGAAGCCCACUUUGUCGUACCAUAUAUGACUACAGCAUGCCCUUCUUCACUUCGUCUGUCCGCUCUUCCCACAAAGUUUUCCCUGAACAUGAGCAUACCGUCUUGUUGUUGUCCCACACUCCUGCACUCCUGGCAAUGACGCCUACCAAAGUAUUCUCGUCGUUUUUUUUGAAGCUCGUGCUCUCAUCAUGUUGCUUUGAUACAAUCAUUCCCCUACCUAUCAUUUCCCAUAUCUGAACAGGCUUGUCGAGAAAGACACUUCCAAUCCCAUCCUUGCCUACCUGUACCGUCCCUAGGAAGCCUCGUGGGCGAAGCGAGUUUUCUCUAGGGUCGAUCCAAAUACCUCUCGUUGAUACAACACCCUGAGAUAUAUCUCCCGUUUCUCUGAUCGUGGCCCAAUAAGUGCCGGGUGAUAGACCACGGAUUGUAAGGUCAACUAAUGUCAAGGUUGGAGAAACUUGUACCAUACGUGCCAAUCCCUUAACUUUGUCGGCGACUGUCGUAGAAUGCGUCUCGAGAAUGCAAACCGCCGCACCUUUGCGCUUCAGCAUUUCUCGUAAAGAAGAUUCCAGCGGCCAUGCUUACCAUCGGUACCUCCUGAUCCUCUAAGGAUGGCGUCUCGACCAGUCGCUUGGAUGGCUGCAACAAUUGCUGAAGGCGCAGCUGCACGUAAACGUCAGUCUUGUGCUUUGACGGGUCCCUCCUUCCCUCUUAGAACACUUGAGGUCGUACGAACCUGUUCCUUCGAUCGACACAAGUUGGUCCUUGAGAUUUGCUUCAAAUUUCUCAAUUCCACUUAAUUUAAACAAUGAUGCUGAGAUAUCUUGGACACAGCUUUCACAGGUCAUCGGCACCGCAAAGAGUGUCUGUGAAUUGGGAGGUGGUAAGAAUUGAAGUGAUACACGUGACAGUCCAUGACCGGGAUCAACGGAUUGCUCGGGAAAAGGAGUGUUGAGGGGGUGGUGGGUGACGCCUGCGGCUGGCAAGGAGUGUUGGGUGUUCUCAUGAAUACGUCAUGACGAAAAAUUGACUUACUUGGAAAGAUGCUGAGACCACCAUUGCGAUUGGAGUGUAGGUGAGUAGGCUGGUAGGCUGGUAGGCUGGUAGGGUAGGUUUGCUUGGGGUUUGAGUUGAACGGGCUGAGGUUUCUGAAUAUAGGUACAUUUACCUCCACUACUUCUUGUUGAAGAUGGGCGGGGGCGGGGGUGCUAAUUUGAAAUCUGAGGUGGUCGGAGCCAAUUCGGCGCCGGUCCGGUGCGAGACUAGAAAAAGGUCUUGGCACAUACAUCUUCAACCUCCAUCGCGAUAGCUAUUCAGCAUACAGAUCAAUCACUGACCCCGCCUCCCAUAAUACCAGUCGGCCUCGAGGCAAGCCGCAGUUAUGUCUCAAAAUAUUGGAAUUGUGAGAUCUCUCCUACCCCCCCUUUCAACUUUCAAAUGCCAAUUUAAUACAUUCAAUGCCUUUUUAAAGAAAUGGCAAUCGCAAUGGCAACUUUAUCAACAUCGUACUAAUCGAAGCUCUAAAACAGACAAAACUGGCUUAUGCCCGAACAUGGCACCACAUCUCUGCCUCGACCCCCCAUCAAGCCCUCAGCACCAUCCGACCCGUUCCCUCAGCUACAAACCCGAACAUCACACCUCCCCCUCUGGGCCGUCUUGCCUCGCGCAUCGCCGUCCUUCUAAUGGGAAAACACAAGCCCAUCUACGAUCCCUCUACAGACUGUGGCGACUAUGUCGUAGUAACCAACUGUUCCGCCCUUCACACAACCGGCAAAAAACGCUGGCAGAAACUCUACUAUCGCCAUAACACCCGACCCGGAAACCUGAAGAGUAUCAGUAUGGAUGCGCUGAUGACGAAACUUGGAGGCGCGGAAGUGUUGAGGAAGGCGGUCAGUGGGAUGUUACCGAAGAAUCGAUUAAGAGACGAUCGAUUGAAUCGGCUGAAGGCCUUUGAGGGCGAGGCGAAUCCUUACAAGGAUAACUUUAUUAGGUUUCAUGGGAAGGUUGUUGGGGAGCUGGGAGAGAAUUACAAGCCUGCGAAGAGUCAGAUAUUGGACGAGGUCUCAAAAAAUGAGACUCGAUUAUAG